GCGAUGUCGUUGGUAUUGUUCAGUAUUGUUGACUUCAAGAUGGCUGCGGAUUACUGUGGGAGAUAUUCUAAGAAAUCGUAAUUUUCCCUAAGAGAACUUCCAAUUUUGUAUAUAUUUAAAAAGUCGUGUGUUAAACGACCUUACGAACUUCGGUGCUAACUACACCGAGUUUCUUUGUGUCGUUCGAUUUAAUACCGUACAAAACAGAAUAUGAAAAUCAUGCCAUCUGACACUAGCUGACUUAUGGAAGAACCUCCAAUGUCAGCAAGGAGGAUGAUUUUUAAUGUUUUAUGGCGGUAUCGCCUUUAACCGAGUAAUACUCAAAUGUCAAUAUGGACUCUUCGAUGAACCGAAAACGGAGUUCAUCUGUAAGCUUCACAAGAGGAAAAGAGAAUAGCGACGAUGAUGUUGGAGACGAAAUACACAUAUCUUUGGCACCAUACAUACAAACUUACUUGGCACAUAGUGGACAAGGACUUGGAUGUUGUGGGAUUAGUUUACCAGUGCCAUUUGAACGUGCUGCGUCGCGUUCUUGGUGGAAUCCAAAAUUUGAUUCUGAAAUUCUAGAAGAACAAUAUAAAAGAAGUGCCUUUCUACAGAUUAGACUAAGAUUCCGAUAUGCUCUUAUAUAUAUCCUGUUGGUAUCUGUAUCUUGGCUGGUAUAUUUUGUAAUCACUGGAAUUGAGAAUAAUACUUCUACAUGGUUAGCUAUCGCAGCCAUUUUCAGUAUUGUUGGAAUGAUGGUAUCCGCUGUAUUAUAUUUAACUUACACAGAUUACUACAAGUCCUAUGUAUUACCAACUUCUGUAGGAGUUGCAUCUGUGUUGUGUUCUCUUUCUUUACUCUUUCUUGCGGUAGUACCUCCUUAUGUAGAUGGCUUAACAUUAGUAGGACAUUUUGCACUAUGUUCAGAAAUUUUGUUACUGAUUUAUACGGUACUACCAAUGCCUCUUUAUGCUUGCACAGGAAUAUCUUCUAUUUACUCGAUUAUAUUCGAGUUUCUAACUGCCUACCUCUAUGGCUCAAAAAGUAGAAGACAAAGGAUAUUCAGCAAUCACAAGUUUUUUAAUAAUUCUUCAAGAACAAAUAUGUCUGAAGAUUAUAACAAAACAUCUAUUCCUAUCUAUUCUUCACAUCAAAAUUCUCAUUUUUUUAAUGGUUUCCAAAGUAUAUCUAAUGUUAGCAAUGCUUUGACAGCUGGCACACAGAUGAUAUCAAAUUUAUAUACUUUAAAUCCAAUAUCUAAUUUUAGUUCAAAGUUGUUGGACGACGAAAGUAUUGUAGGAAAAAUGUCUGGGAAUCUUACAAAUGCAAAUAUGUUAACGAAACUAAAUUCUAGUAUUCCAUUUAUAAUAACAAAUGUUGGUUCUACUGUAAAUUCAACGUUCAACAAUAUAAAUAUUAGUAAUCUGAAUAAAAUAAAUGCAUCUUCUACAGAGGCUGAAAUAGCCCUUGAUGUUGUUGAAUCAAUUACCAAUUGGACUAAUACAUCAAGUGCAUAUUUGCAAGAUGAUAUUGAUUUUACAACGAAUCUCAGUAUAAGAAUUUUGAUGCAAAUAUGUAUUCAUUUAAUCGGUGUACAUAUCUUAAUAAUGACGUUUGUCCGAAUGCGUGGUACUUUUAUGAAAGUGGGGCAAUCAUUACUAGUACGUCGUCAAUUAGAAAUGGAAAGACAGCUUAAAGAAAAAAUGAUACAUUCUGUAAUGCCACCAAAAGUAGCAGAUUGGUUAAUGGAAGAAAGUGGUAGAGAGAGAGAACGUGAAGAUUCUCUAAAAAAAGGAUCUAUACCAUCAAAUCAAACAGAUAUUCGAUCUUUAUUUCGACCAUUCAAUAUGCACUCUAUGGAAAAUGUCAGUAUAUUAUUUGCUGAUAUUGUUGGUUUUACAAAGAUGAGUUCAAAUAAAACUGCAGAAGAAUUAGUCGGGAUUCUUAAUGAUCUAUUUGAACGAUUUGAUGAUUUAUGCGAACAUCAUGGAUGUGAAAAAAUUUCUACAUUGGGAGAUUGUUACUAUUGUGUUAGUGGUUGUCCUGAACCAAGACCUGAUCAUGCAAAAUGUUGCAUUGAAAUGGGAUUAGCAAUGAUAGAAGCUAUAAAACAAUUUGAUAUAGAAAGAAGAGAGGGAGUAAAUAUGAGAGUUGGUGUUCACACAGGAACUGUCUUGUGUGGAAUUGUUGGCACUAAAAGAUUUAAAUUUGAUGUUUGGUCAAAUGAUGUGACAUUGGCAAAUAAAUUAGAAAGUACAGGUAAACCAGGCAGGGUACAUUUGAGCGAGAAAACUUUAAAUUUUUUGAAUCAUCAAUAUAUCACAGAAGAUGGAGAGGUAGUCAAUGGUAUUAAAACUUACUUUAUCAAAAGUCGAAAAUCAGAUAUUAUGAAUCAAUUCGUAACAAAUAUCAUGUUACCUAAGGAUUUUUCUCCAUUAAUGCAAACUCGUCAUCGUCUUGCCUCUUGCAAUAAUCAAAAUAAACCCAAACAACAUUAUCUCCAUAUGGUGACUAAUGCAAGUAACUAUAGGAUAAAAGCUAAUUCCUUGCCCAGUAUUUUGGAUUCUGAAAAUAGUAAUGACAUAAUUGAUGAGAAAGAAGGUCUAAAUAAAAGUCCUAUGUCAACUGCAAGUUAUGAAAAAAAAAGAACACGAAAUAAACCAUGGCGGUAUUUACAACGACAAAGGACGAGUGAAGAAAUGACGCCUUUAGAUAUGGAAGAAGGAAAAAGUAUGAUUAUAAAACAACCAAAAAAUGAACAAUACGAAGAUCGCAAUGGAUUCAAACGAAUUCCUUUCAAUAAUGGUGUUGAAAUGGAUCCAAAUCCUGUGCCUUCUAGUCCUUUAUUGUCUGGUCAAGAAACAAUAAGUCACGCUUCGUCGAUAUGUAGUAGAAAAGAUUCUGGUAUUAAGAGUAAUAGCAGACGUAGUAGUAUUCAACAGCAGUUAUUCUUGAUGAAUGGUAUAGCUCAAGGGGAUUUAUUAGGUCAUAGAGUUAGUGGUUAUUAUACUUCUAGUUCAACUUUGAAUUCUACUCAUGAACUUUCGUCAUCUGUACCACCUUAUCCAUUUCCUCCAGCAGUAACUGAUACAUUUGGUGCAUGUUUUCAUAAGUUAAGAAAACAAUCUGAUUUACAAUUAAUAAGAUGCGUUCAAGACAACGUGAGUUCUCAACGAUCAUAUUUCGUGAAGCCACCGUUAUCAAGCGUAACGCUAUUUUUUAAGAACAAAGAAUUGGAAAAAGAAUAUCGAGAAAAUGCUCAUAGAGCGAGUGAAGGUGUAACGGGCAAUCCUCCAACACUAGCUACUUCAAGAUUUAAUACUUAUUUUGACAUAUUAAUAUCGGCUUUAGUUUUUAUAGCUAUUACAAUCUCUCUCUUCUUGCUUUGCAAACCUUCAAUUUUCUAUAUUGUGUUUUGUAUCUUUGCCACAACUAUUCAAAUCAUAGCUGUUUUACUUUGCAUUAGACAACUUUUUAGACCAAAUACCACUCAUGCAACAUUCACUCAAAAUAUUUUCAACUUUUUUUCUAGAUGGUAUCCUUGGCAUAUUUGUGGUGCCAUAUUAGUUGGCUUACCAAUUGUUUCUAUUCUUCUAAACUUCACUUGCAAUAGCUUACAUAGUUUAAAUAAUUUUGAGUAUUAUUACAGCUAUUUAAUCUUCAUAGGGUUGGUCCAUUUUUGUAAUUUUACUCAAUUGAAUUGUUGGAUGAAAAACUUGCUAGUCACCUUUGCCGGUGUGUUGUUUAUUUGUCUUGUUGUCAGUCAUAUAUCGUAUAAUCAGGAUAUAACAGUACCAACCGAUUAUACUAGAAAUAAUACACAAGAACGAUUAGCAAUGCGCCCGAACUUAAUCAAUGCAAUCUUGAUUGAACAGAAUAAUCAUCCAAUAGAUGAAAAUCUUAUUAUUCCACUAAAAGUAUUUCGUAAUUCUGUAGAAGCGUCAACACAAUCGUCACUCAAGAUAACCGGGCAAUCACAUAAACCUACGAUAGAAUCUAUUAUGAUUACAGAAAGAGAAAAAGAAUUAAGAUACAACGAAAGAUUGUACCAUUAUGAAAUUUAUCUGGAUAUGAUACUCUUACUCUUGUUAGUUUGGUUUCUGAAUCGUGAAUUCGAGAUUAGCUAUCGAUUGAGUUUCCAUGGAAAUUUCGUUGCGGCAAGAGAUAAAACGCGUGUACAAUCAAUGAAAAACCAAGCUGAUUUACUUCUACAUAAUAUUAUUCCCAAAUAUGUUGCUGAUCAAUUGAAAACCACUGCAAAAUAUUCGCAAAAUCAUAAAUCCGUUGGAAUUAUUUUUGCCAGUAUUGUAAACUUCAAUGAAUUAUACGAUGAAUCUUAUUUGGGUGGUAAAGAGUAUCUACGUGUACUUAACGAAUUGAUUGGCGAUUUUGAUGAACUUCUGGAGAAACCUGAAUUUUCUAAUGUUGAAAAAAUCAAAACAAUUGGCAGUACAUUUAUGGCAGCUAGCGGUUUAAAUCCACAAGUAAGACAACAAAGUGAUCAUGAAUAUACUCAUCUUUUUCAAUUGAUAGAUUUUGCUAUGGCUAUGCAUAAAGUCAUAUAUAAUUUUAAUCGAGAUUUAUUGGAAUUUAAAUUGAUUCUAAGAAUUGGAUUUAAUUAUGGCGAUGUUACGGCCGGAGUAAUAGGUGCCACAAAGUUAUAUUAUGAUAUUUGGGGAGAUGCAGUAAAUAUUGCUUCAAGAAUGGACUCUACUGGAGUCGCAGGUAGAAUACAAAUGGCCAGUAAUUGUAUUGGUGUACUCUCAGAUAAAUACGAGUUUGAGCCUCGCGGUCAAGUAUAUGUAAAAGGAAAGGACAACAUGGAUGUAUUUCUACUCAUAGGAAAAAAAGAGAAUACUACAAAUUUUAAUGGUACUUGAAUUAUACAGAGUGCCAAUUAAUACAUCAAUGAUCUGACUAUGUUAUAUGGCAUGCUGGAAUUCGAGGCUGUGUAGUUUAAUAUCAUUGAUUGAGUUAUAUUAAAUUUGAAAAUAUGCGUGUGUGACUUAAAAUAAGAGAGAUGUGAUGAUUAAUUGAAAAGAGCCUAGGGACGAAUGUUUUUUGAUAGAUGCUGUAUUCUAUUAAAAACUAAUCGCCUUAAUAAUUGACUGCUCAAAUUCUGCUAAUUAAAGAUAUUUAUUAACGAGAUAUUAACUGUAUUUUUGUAAAUAUUGAAACUAACAAAUUAUGUAUAUCAUGAAGAGUGAUCUUAAACCUGCCUUUGUCAAGUACAAAGCGGAUCAAGGGUGGAAAUCCUUGGGUGUCGCGUAAUUUCAAUACAAGGAAAAUGUAAAAUAUUUGUGAAAAAAACAGACUUAUUAUAUUACAUACAUAUAGUUGCAGUUCAGGCAGUUCCUACAAAUAUAUUUGGGCUUCGUACCACAAAUAUCAUUGUAAUAUAUAAUACGAAGAAUUCAUUAUAAAAAUAGUAUAUCCUAAGCAUUUAGGUUUGAUAUUUAAUUGAAUAGUCUUGAAAGAUCUUAGUGUAAUAUAAGAUAAAUCCAAAUAAUUUCUAGUAUUUUACGAAUCAUAAUGUAAAACGAAGUUUAAAAAUGCUUAUGCAAAGUCUACAUAUGUCCCUGCAAAAAAGUUAUAAAAGAAAAAUAUAUACCUUGUAUUCUUGCCUUCCUUUUUGGAAUUUGUAACAAUUUGAACAAUUUGUAUGAAUUAAAUUCUGCUCUGCUUUUUAAAAUAAUAACUUAGUCAAUGUAGGGACAAGCUGUCUUAACAAAUUUAUUCGUUUCUCUAUGAUUAUAUAUAAACGAUAACUUUUUACCAAAGAUCAAGGAACGAUUUAAAGAAAAUCAUAGGUUUUAUUACCCACAUGUAGGAUUUAGAAUAUAAUCCGCUAUUACAGAUUUAUCAAGUCUAGCUUUGACUACGACAAUAUGCGUUUACUUUUUUAAAAUGUAUUACGUAACAUUCCAAUUAUUUUUGCGAUCGAAUAUUACAGAAGAUCCAUUAAAACAAUAUAAUUUGUCUGUUUUACAAAUUAUUCAGAAUGGUUUUACAGAAAGAGAGAGCAUAGCAAGGACAAUUAGUCAAUUACUAUCUUUUUUAUAAAUUUGCUAUAUCACAUCUCACGAAGAAUACAUUGAUAUUUUUCAUUUUUGCUAUAAGUAAUAUAAUUUUCUGGAAAUCCUUCCUUGUGUGGAAUAUAUACUAUAUAAUAUUUUUAUUAUUUUAGAUUAAAAAAAAAAAAAAAAAAAAAAAAAAAAAAAAAAAAAAAAGAAUA